AUGGAGACAACACAGGGAGAAACGCUUCAGGCAACAGACGCUUCUCUCACGGCAGCCGAAGGAAGGAGACGCCAGCCAGCUCCUCCGGACGACUGUCAGGUUCCGUCUUGCAGAGAAAUUGCGCAAAACAUCCUCGAGAAAGUCCGCAAAGGCGUCCUCGCUCUCCGCGAACUUGGAGAGCAACGCGCUUUUGCACACUCUUCUUCUUUCUCUUCUUCUUCUGACUCUUCUUCUUCUGCAUCCGACUUGCGUUCUCGUGCUUCCUGCGGCUCUGCGCCUCCUGCUCCUUCUUCUGACUCUUCUUCUCUUUCGUCCCUGUUCCGUCGCGCUCCCAGUUCUUUCUGCGCGUCUUCGGGAGCGACCUGCAGGGCCGCUGAAGGGGGUCUGCGAGCUGCAUGCACAGGAGGCGGAAGUGAAGAUGAAGAAAGACAUGGAGACGGACCGGAGGGCGGCUGUUCGAAGGCGAGCGAAGAGGGAGAGUAUCCAGGCUCGUCUGAAGAAGGAUUGGCGGAGGAAGAGAGAGUAUGGCAUGCAUUUCUCGAGAGAGCGAGAGCUCCUCCCCAGCUGGUAGCGGUGGCUGUCGGAACGGAGGACGCAGGCGCCGCAUUUCUUCGGUCGCAGAAGAGAGCUGCAGCGGCUUCUGGCGUCUGCCUGUCUCUGCUCGAGUUCGGUGGUUCUGUGUCUCUCGGUGAGUUGAGAGAGCAGCUCCGGUGUCUAGACGCCUCUCCUGAAGUCGACGGUGUUAUUCUACUGUCUCCCGUCGGCCGAACCUCCCGGGUGGCGUCGCCCUCGACUUCGGUGUCGUCUCCCGCUCUCUCGUCGAAAGCGGUUUCUUGUCCAUCUUCGUCCUCUCUAUCCUCCUCGUCCUCUUCUUCCCCGUCUUCCUCGUCCUCUUCUUCCCCGUCUUCCUCGUCGUUUUCUUCGCCUCCAUCCCCGUCUUUGCCGUACCCUUCAUCUGCUUCUUUUGUUUCUUCACCUUUGCACGGUCCUCGGUCGUGUGAACGUCGCGAUGAAGAGUCCGGAGUCGAAGAUCCGCAGACCGGCUUCUCUCAAACGCUGCUUGCGCCCUGCCCGCAGAAAGAUAUCGACUGCAUGCACCCUGAGAAUUACGGCGCGAUGGCCAUGUUCAGAACGAAGAGAGCACACGACAGCGGCGAGCAACGCCCUGAGACGGCACCUGCUGGCGAGGGAGACUCUCGCGAGACAGCGUCUCGCUUAGCUAGCGCAGGCAGUUUCUCUUUUUCUUCUUCACCAUGCGGCGACAGACACAGCGGUGCAGGAGGAGGAGAAGCCAAGAGAGCCGCAGGAGCAGAAGCAACCGAUUCAGGAGACAGAGAUGCAAGAAAGACAGACAAAGGGGAGGCCAAUGAAGACAGAGAACAAGGAGAAGACAGAGAACAAGGAGAAGACAGAGAACAAGGAGAAGGAAGAGAAGGUGCAAGGAGGAAGAAAGACAACGAAGAUGGAGAAGAAAGGAAGAAUGGGUGUCUGUUGCCUGAGAUCGGAGCCGAGUCGGGCAGUGGAAGAAAGAGGAGAAGACUGGAGGCCGUGCAGACAGAGUCGGAGAGAGGAACGAGAAGGCGAAAGUCACUGCGUGAAGAGAGGAGAGAGAUGAAGAGACACCUUCGACGAAUUCUAAGAGAUCUCGAAGAUGAGACCGCAGGUCGACUCCUUCCUUUCCCCGCGCCAUGUGUGGCUCUAGCCGUACUGGACAUUUUGAAAGCAUGGGACAUGUCGCUGGCAGGGGCGGCUGUGGCGGUGGUGGGAGCGAGCCCCCGCGUCGGCCAGGCGAUUGCGCUUCUUCUGCUGCAGCGUCAAGCGACGGUCUGUCUUUGUCACAGCCGCACAAGAGAUCUGAAGGGAAUCUUACUGCGGUCAGACGUCAUCAUCGCCGCCGCAGGCUCCCCGCACCUGAUUUCCAGCGACAUGGUCCGGCCGAAUGCCGCGGUAAUCGACGUCGGUGUGAAUGUGCUGGAGAGCUCCAUCGAAAAGAAACCGGUCUUCGUUUCGGAGCAAGACACUGGUGAACGCUUCAGGCAAGAUGCAGGGAGCUUGCAAGUUAGAGAAGGCUCGCGCGUAGCGGGAGAAGACAUGGGGGAGACGAGACCUCGAGCGGAGUGUCGAGAGCGAGGCAGCGUUGCGCGAGAAGAGAAGCGAGGCCCAGAAGAAGGAAAAAAGGCCGGAUUCACGAAGGAGAUGGAGAGAGAGCGAGUUGGAAAUGAAAAGUCGACGCAGAAGAGAGGUGACCCGAGAGAGAGACAAGACUUGGAGAAGGAACAGAGAACGACCAGUUUAGGCGGAAAACCACAGUUCGGGCCGCGCGCCAUAGUAGUGGGAGAUGUGGACUUGGACGUGAACAGAAAAACCAAAUUCAUCACACCUGUCCCCCAAGGCGUCGGACUGGUGACGAGCGCCGUGCUCAUGCGCCAGGUCCUCAAAGCAAAGCUUCUGCAGCUUCUUCGCAGCUUGCAAAAAAAUGAAAAAAGUGAAAAAAAUGGGGAUAAUUAAAUGGAAAAACGAAAAAACGGAGAGAAACUUUGGGGCACAAAACGAGCCAAGCACAAGCCACAAACACUCGCGCGCUGCGAGGACGCAAAGACGGAUGCAUCUCUGCUUCAGUGCAUACGUGCAUAUACAUUUUUAGUAUAUUUAUUCGUGAAUAUCUAUAUAUACUAUUUAUGAAGACAUAUACGUAUAUGAAAUAUCUGUUUCUCCGCAUGAAUAUAUGUGUAUAUAUGGAAAUCAAAAUAUAAGUGAAAAUAUAUGGAAAUGGAUGCAUGUACAUGUGUAUAGUUCUGUACACGUGGAUGUCCUUGUGAGUAUACAUAUGUUCCCUUGGAGAGAAUUGACAUGAAUAUAGAAACUGUGUCUGAGUUUGAAAUGUGUAUGGCAUGUUUGUGGCCUUGAUUCUUGCUGGUGUAGCCGCUUCUGCAGAAGAUUGUCAGGUUUUCUCUCUCGGCGUAUUGUGUUCAGAAAAAGAGUGCUUCAGCCUCCUUUCGAAUGCGCAGCCAGCCUUGGUCACUCCCGUUUCUCGCAUCGCUGCACAAGGACUCGAGUGUCCUCGUAUUUUCGUUGAGUUUUAAAAACUGAAUUUCCGC